AUAAAUAUUGAAACAAAUUAUUUCUUCAAUAUCCAUCAAAAUAAAGAAUUUCCUAAUAACUACUUAAUCUACCUAAUUAUUUUAUAUCUAGAAUAAAAAAAUGUUAAACACAUCCACUAAUAAUAUCAACAAAACCCCAUUAUGUGCACUUCCAAAGCGUUUUGUUGUAGGAAGUGAACCAAAUUUUGUGCAACCUUUUGGCUAUCGUAAGGAAAACAAUGCAUCAAUCGGUGCACUGUUUUCCUGCCGAAAAUUUAAUGGUGAUGCUUAUGCUGUUAGGGCACGCCGUUGUCGAAACGGCGGUCUUAAAGUUAAAGCAGUAACAUCAACAGAUAGUGAACAAGCUGUUGGUGUUAAGGCAAUCAUCUCAGUUUCAUCAACAGUUGCUCAAAAUUUGGGCAACCUUAGCUUUAAUAGAGGGUUAGAUGAUAUCGGUGAUUUGCUUGGUAAAACCCUACUGUUGGAGCUUGUUAGUACUGAGGUUCAACCAAAGACAGGAGAAGAGAAGAAAACAAUCAAAGCAUACGCUCAUCGAUUAAGUGUGAAUAAUGAUACAACAAAUUAUGAAGCCAAAUUUGUGAUUCCAGCAGAAUUUGGAGAAGUUGGCGCAAUUCUUGUUGAAAAUGAGCACCACAAAGAAAUGUACCUUAAAGAUAUUGUCCUUGAUGGUUUACCCUUUGGCUCUUUGCAUUUUACUUGUAAUUCUUGGGUGCACUCAAAAUUCGACAAUCCUGAAAAAAGGAUUUUCUUCACUAAUAGGUCAUACUUGCCAUCCGACACACCAAGUGGAUUGAAGAAAUUGAGGGAAAAAGAACUUGAUAUUAUGAGAGGAAACGGAGAAGGAGAACGUAAAGUAUAUGAAAGAAUAUAUGAUUAUGAUACAUACAAUGAUUUAGGAGAUCCUGAUGAUAAGAAAUCAGAUCUAACAAGACCAGUUUUGGGUGGUCAACAAUUUCCUUACCCUAGACGUUGUAGGACAGGACGUCCACCUACUAAGACAGAUCCAAAUUCAGAGACGAGAUCAGACAGUGUGUACGUACCAAGAGAUGAACAAUUCUCAGAGUUAAAACAGGCACAAUUCGGAUACAAAACAGUAAAAUCAGUACUUCAUGCAGUGGUACCUUCAUUAGAGACAGCAAUGGUUGAUCCUGAACAAGGUUUCCCAUAUUUCACAGCCAUUGAUUCACUGUUUAAUGAAGGUGUUAAGUGUCCUGAUUUGGAGAAACAUGGUUUAUUCGAUGUUUUACCAAGGAUGAUUAGAAGUGUUACUGCUUUUGAAGACAAGGUUCUUCGUUUUGAGGUCCCUCACUUGUUUGAUCGAGAUAGAUUUUCUUGGAUUAGGGAUGAGGAGUUCUCUCGUCAAACUCUUGCUGGCUUGAAUCCUUUAAGCAUCAAAUGUGUCAAGGAAUGGCCAUUGAAGAGUAGUUUAGACCCUCAGGUAUACGGUCCACCGGAAUCAGCAAUAACAAAAGAAUUAGUAGAGAGCCAGAUAAAAGGCGCCAUGACCGUUGAACAGGCUUUAAAGGAGAAUAGAUUAUUCAUAAUAGAUUACCAUGAUGCAUUUUUACCAUACGUGAACAAAGUUAGAGAGCAACAUGGAACAACAUUGUAUGGAUCAAGAACAUUGUUCAUAUAUGAUGGUGAAGCAUUAAGACCCCUUGCUAUUGAGUUGGUUCGACCACCUUCAGAUGAUAAACCACAAUGGAAACAAGUUUUUACUCCAGGAAGUAGUGCUACUAAAGCUUGGCUUUGGAAGCUUGCUAAGGUCCAUGUCCUUGCUCAUGACUCUGGUUACCACCAACUUGUCAGUCACUGGCUAAGAACACAUUGCUGCACAGAGCCAUACAUAAUAGCAGCAAAUAGACAGUUGAGUGCAAUGCAUCCAAUAUAUAGGUUAUUGCAUCCAUACUUCCGAUACACCAUGGAGAUUAACGCACUUGCUAGACAAUCUUUGAUUAAUGCUGGUGGUAUUAUCGAGAGUUCCUUUGCACCUGGGAAGUACUCCAUUGAGGUUAGCUCUGUCAUUUAUGGUCUCGAAUGGCGAUUCGAUCAAGAAGCUUUACCAGCUGACCUUCUUCAAAGAGGAAUGGCAGUAGAAGACCCAACCGCACCACAUGGACUAAAAUUAACAAUAGAGGACUAUCCAUACGCAAGUGACGGAUUAGAAUUAUGGGCAGUGAUCAAGCAAUGGGUAUCAGAUUACGUAACCCAUUACUAUCCGGAUUCAGAGCUAAUUCAAUCGGACCAAGAGCUUCAAGCUUGGUGGACGGAAGUACGAACCAAAGGACACCCCGACAAGAAGGACGAACCUUGGUGGCCGAGCCUCGAAACACCGGAAAAUCUGGUCCAUAUAAUCACAACAAUAAUAUGGGUGGCUUCAGGGCACCAUGCAGCUGUAAACUUUGGUCAAUAUGCGUAUGCAGGUUACUUUCCAAAUAGACCAACACUUGCUAGGACUAAAAUGCCUACGGAAGAUCCUACUGAAGAGGAAUGGAAACAUUUCCUUGAAAGGCCUGAGGAUGUGCUUCUUAGGUGCUACCCUACUCAAAUACAGGCAACUAAAAUUAUGGCAAUUUUGGAUGUGCUUUCGGGUCAUUCACCAGAAGAAGAAUAUAUAGGAGAACAUAUGGAGUCAGCAUGGGAAGCUGACCCUAAGAUUAAGGCAGCUUUUGAGAAGUUUAGUGGAAGAUUAAAGGAGUUAGAAGGAAUUAUUGAUGAAAGGAAUGCCGAUGAGAAACUCAGAAAUCGAAGUGGUGCUGGUGUUGUUCCUUAUGAAUUGUUGAAACCUUAUUCUAAACCAGGUGUUACUGCUAUGGGUGUUCCAAACAGCAUCUCUAUUUAAUUAAACCACUUUUAUUAAUUAGGUUUCUUAUUUCUAUGUUUGUGUGAAGUACUUUUAGAUGUCUAAGCACAUUUUGCAACAUAUGUGAUUGUGGAUGUUUGUAAAAUUGUGAAGUUUGUAUUUCUCACCAAUAAAGUUCAUAAUAAAAGUUAUUUGUAAUUA